AUGACCUCGGGCAAGCUGCCACUCAAGAAGAACAAACACCGCACAACGCUCGUUGAAAAAUUAAACCAAAGCAUCGAACUCAAGGGGACAUCCGACCGACAUGACUUUAUGCAGCAUUUGAUGCAGAACCUUAACUUCCCAGCUGGUAUCAGCUACGAUGAGAUGUCGAUGACUUUAUCAAAUCUGCUCUGCCAUAAUCCAGACGCCCUCUUUCUGGGGACGGCCAAAGUCCGCAACCCAUUCACAAGCCCCAAAGACAUCAACAGCCUCCCGUACCUUCACGCCGUUCACGGCGUCAUCCAAGACGCCCUCCGCCUCUUUCCCGCCUGUGCCGACAACUUUACCGCGGACCACGCCGCACUAGGGGCAUUUCAUCAACGGACGUUUCGUCCCUGGCGUCUGGCAGGUGCUCGUCAACCAGGUUGGCGGCGUUCAGAUGGCUCCAACACUUUGCCAACGCUAACUCUUUCCGACACGAGCGGAUGGCUCCCCUCUGGCAUCCUGGAAAAAGAGAACAGGACGUCGGCGAGGCCAUCCGAGUACGAGGGCGAUGCGAGGGGCGUGCUCAAGGCGGUUUUAACCAGUCCCAGGAACUGCAUCGGGAAACACCUGGUGCGCGCAGAGAUCCGCGUAUCCUAG